AUGAUUUCAUCUCAAAUUGUUAAACGUGCAUUUCGCAACAAGAACAGUGUGACCAAUGAAGUUAGGUCUUACACCAACCUUUCUAGGAUGAAGACGUUGCAGCAACCACCACGAUAUGGUUUCCAAUUACGUCAAUUGUCCACGAAAUCAAUCCCAAAUACGCAACAAGUUGUUUUAUUCAAUGAAAUAGGUGGAUUCGAUAAAAUUAAGGUAGAUAACAACUACCCCACACCUAAAGUUGAAACUGGUGAUGAUAUAAUUGUGAAGAAUCAUUAUGCCGGAGUUAAUUAUAUUGAAGCUUAUUUCAGAACUGGUGAAUACCCUUCAAACCCACCAAUGGUCUUUGGUAGAGAAGCAAGUGGAGAGGUAGUAGCGACUGGAUCCAAAGUAAAGGAUUUAAAUCCCGGCGAUAAAAUUGCUUAUUUAUCACCUUCAACUUUUGCUCAAUAUACAAAAAUUUCUAAUCACAAUUUUAAGUAUUUGAAAUUGCCUUCUCAACUGACAACAGAUCAAGACUUACAAGUAUUUGGAUCAAUUUUAUUGCAGGGGUUAACCGCAUUGACGUUUGUGAAUGAAGCUUAUCCGGUUCAAAAGGGGGAUGAUGUUUUAGUUUGGGCAGCUGCUGGUGGCGUUGGAAAUUUAUUAGUACAAUUGAUUAACCAAAAGGGUGGUAAUGCGAUUGCCAUAGCCUCAAACGAUGCAAAAUUGAAAACGGCCAAAGAAGCAGGAGCCAAGUAUUUAAUUAAUUCAUCAACUGAUAAUAUUGGAGAAAAAGUUAAACAGUUCACUAAUGGUAAAGGUGUUGAAGUCGUAUAUGAUUCCAUUGGUAAAGACACAUUCACAACUUCAUUAAAUUCAUUGGCUAGAAAAGGUACUUUUAUUAGUUUUGGUAAUGCUUCAGGUCCAGUCACACCAUUCGCAUUAUCGAUAUUAUCAGCUAAAAAUAUCAAAAUUGCUAGACCAACAUCAAUGGUCUAUUUAAGUAAUGCAAAAGAAUGGGAUCAUUAUUCUAACUUAUUAUUGGACUUGUAUAAGGAUGGAACAUUGAAGUUUAAUAUUUCAAAAAUUUAUGAUUUACAAAAUUAUAGAGAAGCUGCUGAGGAUUUGGAAAGUAGAAAGACUCAAGGGAAGCUAACAUUAAAAAUUCCUCAUUAG